CCCCUCCACACCGAGUUGGUCUCGCCCGUGUCUCCCCAGCAUCAAACGCACAUGUUGGGUGUGUUGUUGCGCGUUGCAGCGGUAUUACGGCAUUAACCGGAGCUCUGGGAGCCGGCACGGUGCUGUCUGUGCUCUAAAGACCACGGUGACAAUGCGAUAAGCCUCCCAGUCAAUGAGAAACACUGUGGGAAACGGAGAUAGUGCAGAAAACACUGCGACGAGGAGGCUGACACGCGUCUCAGCGUGGCUGCAGGCGGCUACUGUGUGACUUCACCGGACUGAAGGCUUUGAGGCUUGCCGUGCGACACCAUGAGCUCCAAGGCGUGUAAGAACUGCGGCAGCACUGACAUCGAUGUGGACCCGGCGCGUGGUGAUGCCGUCUGCAUGGGCUGCGGCUCCGUGCUGGAGGACAACAUCAUCGUGUCCGAGGUGGAGUUUGUGGAGUCGGGAGGCGGAGGCUCACUGGCUGUCGGACAGUUCAUCUCUUCAGAAUCUGGAGGUACUGCCCCUACUUUCGGAGACGGACACUUCACGGGCGUGGGGAGAGAGUCCAGAGCUCAGACGCUGUCGAGAGCGAAACAGAGCAUCAACACUCUGGGUCACCAGCUGCAGAUGAACAAACACUGUCUGGACACGGCCUUCAACUUCUACAAGAUGGCGCUCUGCAAACACCUGACCCGCGGCCGCAAGUCCUCCCACGUCGUUGCCGCCUGCCUCUACAUGGUCUGCCGCACCGAGGGAACGCCACACAUGCUGCUGGACCUCAGUGACCUCCUGCAGGUGAACGUCUACGUACUGGGAAGAACCUUCCUCGUCCUGGCCAGAGAACUGUGCAUCAAUGCCCCGGCUAUAGACCCAUGCCUGUACAUUCCCCGCUUCGCCCAGCUGCUGGAAUUUGGGGAGAAGAACCACGACGUCUCCAUGACGGCGAUGCGUCUGGUGCAGAGGAUGAAGAGGGACUGGAUGCACACGGGACGAAGGCCGUCGGGGCUCUGCGGAGCAGCUCUUCUUGUUGCCGCUCGUAUGCACGACUUUCGCCGCACCAUCAAAGAAAUCGUCAGCGUUGUGAAAGUGUGUGAAAGCACACUAAGAAAAAGAUUGGUAGAGUUUGAGGACACACCCACUAGUCAGCUGACCAUCGAAGAGUUCAUGAAGGUGGAUCUGGACCAAGAGUGUGACCCGCCCUGCUUUACAGACGGACUGAGGAAGAAAAAAUUCCAUCAGCUGGAGAUAGAGCUGAAGAAAAAGAUGGAUAACGUUGAAGAUGAAAUCCAAGGCUACCAGGAUGAAAUAGACGCAGAGCUUCAGACCAGUAGACCGAAACUGAGAGGAGUUUACGCCGCAUAUGCAAAGGAAGACGGCGAAAUUGAGGAUGACGACAACCUCUCCACAUCGUCUAAGAUGGCAGAUUGCGAGGAACCGGAAGAGGAAGAGGAGCUUCAGGCUGUGGCCAAGCACUUUGGCAAAGACCUUGACGAGCUCACACUGGAGGCUCUCAUAAAACUAGAGCAGAAGACACCAGAGAAGGGAGAGGAGAACCAGGAGCUGGAGGAGGAUGUCCCAAAGAGAAAAGCUCCAUCGCUGGAGUCCAUCCUGGGCACGAUGCCCUCAGCGGCCACUCUGGGCCUCAGCGAAUCCAUCGGCGACUGCAUCGGAAACGAGAAGGAGAACGAUGGUGCUGCUGACAGCGGGGAGCUGGACCUGAGUGGGAUAGAUGACAGUGAGAUAGAACUGUAUCUGCUGAGCGACAAAGAAAUCAAAAUCAAGACGGCGCUGUGGAUGGCAGAAAACUCAGACUACCUCAAAGAGCAAAAAGAGAAGGAAGCAAAGAUAGCGAAGGAGAAGGAGCUCGGCAUCUACAAAGAAAGGAAGCCCAGAGGACCCAUAAAGAAGCGUCCUCCGAUCCGAGCCAACACCGCAGACGAGGCCAUCGAGAAGAUGCUGGAGCAGAAGAGGAUCUCCACCAAGAUCAACUACGACGUCCUGAAGGACCUCAACGUCAAGUCCGGCGCCAGCCCAGCACGCAAGGCCGAGUCCCCGAAGAAAGAACCGACUGCCACGAAACUCACCGGACGCAACCGCAAACCUGCUCGACCUCCCCUCAGCCUCAGCACGCCGCUCAGCACACUGGGAAAAAGGUUGCAGCCGUUCAUCACCGGACAGCCCAACAAGAAGCUCGCCGUGGAGCAGAUCGCCAACUCCAACCCCCUGCCUGUGCCUGUGGGAGCCCCCGCCAGCGCUGUGGUGGUGGAGAGUGGGCCGGUCGUCUAUGAUGAUGUAGCUGCCGACGAGGAAGAUGAUGAAGAGGAGGAGACUUGUCUCAGCGCCAUGGAUCUGUUGGGCGGCAACGAUUACGGCUGUGAUGGAGAUUACGAUGACGGAUUCUAGCAGUGGUCUUCCCUGGGUUAUUAUCCCCAAAACUUUGAACUCCUUAAACGUAUCAGAUGUUUACUAGCAGGGACACAAAAUGACUGCAGCUACAGAUGGAAGAGGAACGAUGAACUCCCAUCAGGAAUAAAUGGGACAAAGUGCAAAAAAACACUCCUGGUUCCAUUUAGCGUCCCAACUGGUCUUAACUGGGAGGACUCUCUGCUCAGAAGCAGAAAUAAGGGACACAAGUAUAUUUAUCAGUGUGGUGCAGAUAAUCCUGCACAAUCAAAGGCGGGAAACAUUCAGUAAGCAGUGGUUUGUUGAUCUGCAGCUCUGACAUUUAGGAUGAAAUCUGGGCUAAACUUUUCAACUGAAACAACAUUAAAGUAAUGAGGAAACAUCAGUUUUAGCUACAUUUUAAGCUGGAUGUCUUCUCUCCUGCAAAACAACCAAUCAGGGCUUACUGCGAAGCAUCAGGGGAGAAAAAGCAAAAAGUUUCCACUGUGGCGUGUCAAGGUUUUCAAGAUGAAAUGUAGCAAAAAAGAAAAGCCGAACAAAAUGCUAAACGUAUUAGACUUGAACUUGCACUUUGCAUUCACACCCGAGUACUUCCUGAUAACUAACUCUCCAAACUAUUCACUAUACUGAUACUGUGUCUCUUAAGAAACAUCAAGCAUCUAACAAUCAGGUAGCGUGAGAUCAAUCGUCAUUAUCAGUAUUUUUCUGUCAUUUCUGGCUCAGAAGAGGUCGAUGGUCAAACGACCUCACUGCUCAGAUCAAUAUUAACGAAUGCCUUAGGUGAUUAGUGGGCCGACAUGUGCUCUACUUAAGCCAAAGUAUUACAAUGAGGUUGCCUUGAACAAUGUGUGCUGGUAUCUUAUUUAAAUACAAAAUUAGUUUGAUUUUAAUUCCAUCAAGUUUGUAUGAGAUUUGAUUGAUGGUUUGAUGUUGGAUUCAUCACGUUUGGACUUUUCUUAAUUGUUUUUUGAUUAAUUUAUGUGACUGUGUUGUUUUGAUUUAUGUUAAAUAUUCAUCAUGAGGUCAUGUCACAGGCCAGAGAGGCGUUUAAAGCCAGGAUGUAAAUACAUUCUCCACAAUAUUAUAUUUUCCAGAUGAAUGAGGGAGCUCAAUCAGAGAAUAGAUCUAUUUUGUAUUUAAGCUUUUAUUAUUUUUGUGUUUGAACUCUGAAGGUGAAACAGAUUGUGGCCUUUCCACUGUGUCCACACAACACCGGUAUUUAAUGAGGAAUCUGGUCUGUCUGGACGGCCUCUGUGUCGCUGCUACAAGUCCUGAUGUUACAUCUGCAUAUUGUUGUGUGCAUUUGCUGCUACAGUAAAGAUUUCACUACAUGGGAAAAA